GAGAAGAAGCGGGGUGCGCAGCGGAGCCGGGUGAACUGGGCGGGCGCUGUUGCACGUGUUCGGAAUCGGGGAGGACGGGCUCGCAUCGCGUUCCUCAUGUCCAAUCGACCCCCGCUCGGGAGGAGCGACGGGAGCGCAUCAGAGUAUCACUCCUGCAUCCCUGUACCCCUUCACUCUCAUCAUCGGCAUCUCUCCGGCGACCGCAGAGCAUCUCCGUGACGGACUCCAACACCGGCUCGGUGGGAAGGUGGGAGUAGAGGAACUUGUUUGGAGCCGGAGCUCGCAUCGGGGGGAAUUACGCACUUCUGGAGACUUUUCUGCGCUCUCUGGUGUUGGCGCGGGACUCCGUGAGAUCAUGGCAAUCCAGAGCCAGUCGCUAUUGCUCACCUGUGCUGUUUCUCCGGCGCAGCAGUAAGCGUUCUCAGCGCUAUCUGUGUGGGAUCGGGACAAGAGGCUUGGAAGAACUGGUUCUAUUAAGUCUGGAAGUUGAAGCAGCAAAGUGAAUAAGUGCUCCACUUCUCUCACUUGGAUCCUGUACAGUUCGCACAGAUCAUGCCUUCGAGAUUGUAGAUCCGGAGGGUUCUUCUGUUCAAGGCGAGGAAGAGCCGCCAUGACCUUUAACCCGUGAGGAGCCUGGCCAGCGGAAGACAGACGACAGACAGGAUGAAGCUGAGGGGAAGGUCAGCUUGGCCUUGGCAGGUGGCCUUCCUCGUUGCCUUGGUGAUGCCCUGGGUUGACCCAGCGUCCGCCGGCAACCGUAAUCAUCGGGGACCAACAGUGUCGUAUCAGGUGAAACAGGGCACGUGUGAGGUGGUGGCCAUUCAUCGCUGCUGCAACAAGAAUAAGAUUGAAGAGCGCUCUCAAACCGUCAAGUGCUCCUGCUUCCCGGGGCAGGUUGCCGGGACGACCAGAGCCAGACCCUCCUGUGUGGAAGCUUCCAUUGUCGCCCAGAAGUGGUGGUGUCAAAUGCAGCCCUGUAUGGAUGGAGAGGAGUGCAAAGUCCUGCCCGACCUGACAGGCUGGUCAUGCAGCACCGGCAACAAAGUCAAAACCACCAAGGUUACACGAUAGCGGGCGAGCCACCGAGACAAAAGGAAACCCGAAGCGCUUCCACGCGGAGACGGCGGAUGACUCACACAUAUUCACGGCCCGAUUGGGAAUAUCCAGGAGAGGACUGCUGUCGGGAUAUCUGUCACGAAAACAAAUGGAUAAAACCUUCUCAUCGAAAACCAUGCGGAGCCAAACAUCCAGCAAAUUUACCGAACCACUUACUGACGCUGAAGCACUGCAGUCAGGGUCACACAUGGAUAACAAAGUUAUUCUUCUUCUCUGCAGUGGACAGUGUGGAUUGUCACACAGCCGUUGAUCUCAGUAUUUAAAAACUCUAUUCCAGCCAAGCAUUUUGGUGCAAGAGUGCGACGGGAAGUCAAGGAUGUGCGGACAGCGUUGCCAAACUCUCCGAACCUCUGCUGGAAAACGGCGGGAACGAUGAAAGAGAUAAAAGCUCAUAACUGGCAUAAAGCAAAUUAGCAUCCGAAUGCUCCGGUGGGUCAUGUCACCGCCGCUCUCAUUGUUUUGCAGCUCUAAUUAGGGCGAUUGCAGUAGAACCAUAACGCAGUAUUAAAAAUUCAUGUAGGAUAUUUGCACCCGGCGAAACCGUUUGGGGGUUUGUUUUUGUUGUUCGGUACACGGCACAUCUUUUGUGGCUCUCAAAUGAAAUUGAAGGGGAGCAUUUUAUAAACUGUCUGACAUUCAAAGUACUGUAGAUAAAUAUGCAUCUCGUUAAGCAUUAAAUCGGAGUAGUUCUUUGUUUAAAAACAGCCCACACUCACGUGGCUUUAACUUCCUUACAGCUUGGGAAAGUAUGAACUGGCAAACUGUGUCUUAUCUAUUCCUUUUUUUUUUUUUUUUUUAUUUGGCCCAGACACAUUUAUGAGCUCAUCCCUCAGAGUUUUGACUCCUUGAUCUGCUACGUCAAGCCUGUGGCAUUUUUUUUUUUUUUAUUAUUAUUACAACAACCGUUUUUAAGGAGGCCCAUAAAUGUUUAAACAAAGAGAAUGAUUUGUCUACAUUGUUCUUACAACUGAAUAAAACCGAUUUUCCUAGCUGUAGUGUCUUGCAAAAGUAUUAAUGCUUCUUGAACAUGAUCACAUGUUGUCGCAUUCAAACCACAAAGCUAUGUGUUUUAGUUUGAUUGACUGCAAUGAUCCGACACAGAAUAGUGCAGAGUUGUUUAUUGGAAGAAAACGAUGACGUUCGUUUAAAGAUAUUUUACUCAUGAAAAUCUAAAGCGCGUGUUGGACGGUUGUAUAUGCUAUCUCUAAUAAAUACUUUUUAUAACCAUC